AAUGUAUAUUCUAUUUUUUUUCCUUAUAAAGUCAGAGUGUAGUAAAAACUGAGGCCACCAACUUCCAGUUCAUUGAAAACAUCGGAUUUGUCUUUGUCAAGUAAUGUCCGAUGUCGUAUACUCCAAACAAGUAAAUUCCGAUCAAACACUUGUUUUGAAUAUACAUCGUGAUUAACCGAACAAUGGUUUGAUCCUAUUGGAAACGCAGCAAAACUCCUCUUUCCUGAGAUCCGUCAAUCAUGGCGAUAAAAGGAAAUCCAGGAGAUAAAAGAAGCAGAGGCCCUGCAUCAAUAUUUAUUGUAGCUGGUCUUUGUUGUUUUUUCUAUGUUAUAGGAGUUUGGCAAAGAGGUGGUUUCGCGAAGGGGGACAGCAAAUCUCUUCAGAUAACAAAAAAGGCAGAGGACUGCAGCAUUCUCUCCAAUCUAGAGUAUGAAACUCAUCAUGGCGAUCAACACGGUCUGGUUGAUGAUCCCAAACUGAAAAUCAAGCAGUUUGAACCUUGUGGUGAGCAAUAUGUUGAUUAUACACCGUGUCAUGAUCAAAUGCGAGCAAUGACAUUUCCUAGAGAAAAUAUGAACUAUAGGGAGAGACAUUGUCCUCCAGAAGAAGAGAAGCUGCAUUGUCUUAUUCCAGCCCCAAAAGGCUAUAUAACUCCUUUUCCAUGGCCGAAGAGUCGUGAGUAUGUACCUUAUGCAAAUGCACCACAUAAAAGUUUAACAGUUGAGAAGGCAGUGCAAAACUGGGUACAGCUUGAAGGUGAUCUACUUAGAUUUCCAGGUGGCGGAACUCAGUUCCCACAUGGGGCAGAUGCGUAUAUUGACCAGCUUGCUUCUGUGAUACCAAUGGGAAAUGGCACAGUUCGAACUGCAUUGGAUACGGGAUGUGGGGUUGCUAGUUGGGGUGCAUACCUUUUCAAGAAAAACGUUAUAACCAUGUCCUUCGCACCAAGAGACUCACAUGAAGCUCAAGUCCAAUUUGCUUUGGAAAGAGGCGUACCAGCAGUUAUUGGUGUACUUGGAACCAUAAAAUUGCCAUUUCCAUCAAGGGCCUUUGAUAUGGCUCAUUGUUCACGUUGUUUGAUUCCAUGGACUGCAAACCGUGGACUGUACAUGAUGGAAGUGGAUCGAGUUCUCAGACCAGGGGGGUAUUGGAUACUUUCAGGUCCCCCCAUCAGUUGGCAGACUAAUUAUAAAGCUUGGCAACUACCUAAAGAGGAGCUGGAGGAGGAACAAAGAAUGAUUGAAGAGAUAACUGAGCUUCUAUGCUGGGAAAAGAAGUAUGAGAAAGGUGAGAUAGCUAUAUGGAGAAAACGUGUAAACUCCGAGUUCUGCAGUAAACGAGAUUCCCGUGUAACUCUAUGUGACCUCUCGAAUUCAGAAAAUGUCUGGUAUAAGAAGAUGGAGGCAUGUGUAACUCCGUAUCCUGAAACAAUCAAUUCGGAGCAAGUUUCUGGUGGAGAGCUCAAGCCAUUUCCGGAGAGACUUAAUGCUAUUCCUCCAAGAAUAGCAAGUGGAUCUCUUACUGGAGUCUCUGUUGAAUCAUUCCAGGAGGACAACAAGUCGUGGAAGAAGCAUGUGAAAGCUUAUAAGAGAGUUAACAAGCUCCUUGACACUAGGAGGUAUCGCAAUAUACUAGAUAUGAAUGCUGGCCUAGGAAGUUUUGCUGCAGCGCUAGAAUCAUCUAAACUAUGGGUCAUGAAUGUUGUUCCAACUAUAGCUGAAAGGGACACUCUUGCUAUAAUAUAUGAUCGAGGCCUGAUUGGCAUAUACCAUGACUGGUGUGAAUCCUUCUCUACCUACCCUCGGACAUACGACCUUAUUCAUGCAAAUGGGAUCUUCAGCUUAUAUAAGGACAAAUGUAAUACUGAAGACAUUCUACUAGAGAUGGACAGGAUUCUUAGACCAGAAGGCACAGUUAUUUUCCGAGAUGAUGUAGAUAUUCUUGGCCAAGUAAAAAGAGUUGUAUCUGGUAUGAGGUGGAAAACAAAAAUGGUAGAUCAUGAGGAUGGUCCUCUUAUCUCUAAAAAGGUAUUGUUUGCUGUCAAAAGAUACUGGGUUGUUGGAGAAAACAACUCAACCAUCUUACGGUGAAUGGCAUGACAAGACAGCUUAUUUGGCAGAUAGUUAGCUAUCUGAUUCUUAGCCAGAGUUAGUAUCAUUCUUUUCCUGUGGGAGUUUAGAGUAGACAACAACAAGCAGCAAUCUCUGCUGUUUGUCAUGGAUCUUUUUUUAUUCUUCCUACUUAGUGGUUGCAGGUAAGAAAAGUUUUUAGAUCUCUUAUGCCUCAUUUGAUGUCUAUUAAAGGGCUUCAUUUUGAUCUCCUUGUGUAGUAUUGUUAUCAUCACUAAAUUCUUUUCUUGUUUUGCUAUAUACCAUGUAUAAUAACAGUUAUUCAUAUAUUCCAGCUGAGCAGAAUGAGUUAUGGUUGGGA